UUGUUAAUGGCAGUUAACUGCUCAAACUGCCACACCUCGCUACAGCUUCCUUCAGAGGCCCAGUCCAUUCGCUGCCCAAUCUGCCAUGCCAUCAACCCCAUAGACAUAGCCGACCCAGCCCUCUGCCUCCCACCGCCAUCAUCAUCUUCCUCUUCCUCCUCCUCCUCUGACCACCAUAACCAUGAUUACCCUCACGCCCCACCCGCCAUGGCUCCAUCUCCUUACAACCACGCGCCUCUCGGUCCCCCUCCCUCCGUCCAUGGCCGCAAGCGGGCCGUCAUCUGCGGCAUUUCCUACAAGAACUCCCGGCGCGAGCUCAAGGGUUGUAUCAACGAUGCCAAGUACAUGAAGUACUUGCUGGUCAAGCGGUUCAACUUCCCCGAGUCAUCCAUUCUCAUGCUCACUGAAGAAGAAGACGAUCCUUGCAGGCAUCCAACCAAAAGCAACAUCAGAAUGGCAAUGUGUUGGCUUGUCCAAGGUUGUCAAGCAGGGGACUCCUUGGUUUUUCACUAUUCUGGUCAUGGUUCACAGCAAAGGAACUACACUGGAGAUGAGAUUGAUGGAUAUGAUGAAACACUCUGCCCCGUAGAUUAUGAAACUCAGGGAAUGAUUGUUGAUGAUGAGAUCAAUGCAACAAUUGUCCGACCUCUUCCUCUUGGAGUCAAGCUCCAUUCAAUUAUUGAUGCUUGCCACAGCGGUACCGUAUUAGAUUUACCAUUUCUCUGCAGGAUGGAUGGGGAUGGAAGCUACAUGUGGGAGGACCAUCGCCCUAGAUCAGGUGUGUGGAAAGGAACAAAUGGGGGGGAGGUCAUAUCCUUCAGUAGCUGUGAUGAUAGUCAGACCUCAGCAGACAGUUUGGAUCUAUCUAGGAUCACAUCAAGUGGUGCCAUGAUUUAUUCUUUCAUCCAAGCCAUUGAGCGUGGACAUGGAACUACAUAUGGAGCUAUGCUAAAUGCUAUGCGAUCUACCAUCCAUAAAAGAGAUGACAAUCAAGGGGGUGGUGGUAUAGUGUCAUCUGUUCUCACCAUGCUUUUGCCAGGAGGGAAUGGUGGCGGGUUGAAACAGGAACCUCAGCUGACUGCGAAUGAAAUAUUCAAUGUGUAUUCGAAGCCUUUUUCCCUAUAGACAUCAAAGCAAUCUUUCCAUCCUAAUGCUCAUAAUCUUUAUUUAGUGUGGCCCUUUAGUAUGUAUGAAAACCGGAAAACCCCAUUUCUGCAAUCUCGUACUGAUUGAUUGCAGUCUUUAAGGGUU